AUGCCCACCUCCCAAAAAACCCAGCGGCCCCUGCCCCGCCGCCACCGCGGCCAUCUCGACCCAACUCUCCGCCGUCAGGCUCAUCAGCAUCGUGUGCACGCAGCCAACGUAGCAGAUGCAUCCCUUCCGCCUCCUCCCACCCAUUUCCAGAUGCCUCCCGCCCCGGCUCUCUACGGCUACCCACCAGUGCGCAAUCAUCCUGACGACCGCGACGCUGCUUUGCAACAUGCACCAGACGCACCAUUCCCCACGCCGCAAAACUCUGGACACGUGCAACAACCUUACGCCUUCUCUCUCCAGGACCAUUUCAACGCCAUGCGUGAAGAGACUGCCGCCCGUCAUCACAACCACCGCACGAGUGACACCUCGUCGUCUGCAACCUCGAUCGCCCCGCUGGCUACCGGACCGCCCCCUUCAUUCCGUGGUGUCGCCCACAACACUCUCGCUCUCGACGGUAUGAUGACGCCGCCACCAUCGGAAAAGGCAGUCGCAGGUGAGCGAGAGUAUCUGAAUUCGCCUGAAGAGAUACACUAUAUGCAGGUCUUUGUUGAGGAGGUUGGCGUCUGGAUGGACAGCCUCGACAAGGAGAAGCACUUUAGUCGGCUCAUUCCCUACCACUCGCUGAAGUGUCCCAUGUUACUGAACGCUUUCCUCGCAUGUGGCGUCAAGCACCUCACCCUGACGCACCCGGAUUGCAAAGACGACAAGGCUCUACACUACUACGAUACCGCGACGACGCAGCUCUUGAGAAGCCUACAAAACCCGGACCGAAACACUGCCGAGUGCGCAACGACGGCCGUUGUGUUGAACGUUUACGAGAUCAUGUCGGAGAAACCGGGUCAGAGGAUGCGCAUGAACCACAUUGCGGGCGCGCGGGCACUGAUUCGGGAGUGCGGCUGGGAUGCGCGGUCGACAGGCAUCGGAGCAGCGUGUUUCUGGCUGAACAUUGGCAUGGAAGUGCUCUCGUGCCUCGCAUUCAACUGGCAGACAUCCUGGGAUCCCGAUCAAUGGGGACUUAAUCUCGACUUCGCAGACAAGCCGGAGAUAGGGGCCUCGGGUGGUGGCGAUGAAGAGGAGUGGGUGCAUCGCAUCUUCUACAUUGUUGCACGAAUCGCCAACUUCCGGGCGUCGAUUCCGAAGUUCCAGGAAGCGAGCCCGCAUGAUGAGCAGAUCCGCCUGGGUAACCGGUUGGCACUGUGGCAGGAACUUAAGAGGCUCUGUGACAGGUGGAACAACGCAUGCCCGAGGACGAUGCAUCCUUUUGGUUAUCUUUACCCGACGCAUUCGCGGAGCAAGUCCGCGUUCCCCAACGUUUGGCUCAUCAAGCGCGCGGCCAUCAUAGGCCGCCUUUUUUACCACACUGCUCAGUGCAUACUAGCACAGACAAACCCCAUGGAGCCGGCUCGGGCCUCUGAAGAGAUGCGUGUUCUGCAGCUACACCACGCGCACCAGGUCUGCGGCAUCGUCGCGCACACGCGUGACCGCGGCAUUGCCUCUGUGGCGAUCCGUAGUCUCGCCAUUGCGAGCGCAGUGUUAACGGACCCCAGAGAGCAGGAGGAGGUCCUUUGCAUUCUUGAGAGGAUCCAAAAUGAGAGCGGCUGGGGCCUUGGGUCUGUCGUCGGUGAGCUGAAGAGGGGCUGGGGCUGGGGAGACAAUAGCCCCAUGGCCAUGUUCUACGAGCAGGACACACAGCAACACCAGCAGCAGCAACAGCAGCCGCCGCUUCAGCAGACGCAACAAACUGUCGCAGGACCGGUGGCAGGCUACUCCGGAUCAAAAGUGAAUCCGCUGUCAUUUGCGGACUUCAGCCUGCCGAACCACCCGUACCAGAACUGGUACGAGCCACCCAAUAGGACGAACGGGUACGCGCCGCAGGGGCUGUUGUAGACAGAGUCAAGGCGAUAGCGAUGGAUUUGGCCGGCGGGACACUGGCUGUCCGGAGGCAUAGAUAGGGCAGAAGUGGAGUUCUGGAUCGGUCUUGUUCGAGGGCGUUUCUUACGGGCAUUUUUGGCUGGAUGGGACAUGAGCGUCAUUCUUCCUUGGGUACAUGAUACCACAUAUGACGAGGGGGACAGGUUCUGGUUUGCAUGGUCUUGGUAUAUUGGUCUAUGAGUGUGCUGAAUGGUUGAAUGAAUGUCCGAUAUCGGACGCGUGCUGUGCUGUG